AUUGUAAACCAGCUUUAAGUGAUGUGACAUAACCUAUGUGCAUAAGUGCGCAAAAAUUUAGUGUUAAUAAAUCAAAAGGAAGGAUAGAAGGUUCUUUCUUAAACUCCUUUCACCCAAAGCGUGUCAACAAUCUACAAAUUUGAAUUUGUAUAUAAGUGAUAAAACACACAAAAUGGCACAAGGAAAGCUUAAAGUGAAGACAAAGCUGCCGACAUCAGUAAAGACGAAAGCCAAUAAAGGCAAGGGCAAAAAGGGCCCUGCUAUCCAAAAACGUGGAAAUGCCCCUGUUCAACCUAAGAAGGCAAAGUUACAGGAAGCGCAGAAAUUGAAGAAGAUGAUCUCAAAAACUGUGAAUACUGUGGUAGAAGAUGAGAUACGAGAGAAAGCUUUAGAGGGAAGGAAAACUCUCACAAAAAAGAAUCCUUCUAAUUCGAAAAAACAAUAAUAUGUUAAUUAUUGUAAUAUUUGCAUAUAUCAAUAAUGUAUUGUUGUGUGUAUAUAUAUAUUUUUUUUCCUCAAUUAAGUAAUAUUGUUCUAUUUGAGAUUAUCUAUUGAAAAGGAAUACGGUACGGAGUGAGAUGUGAAUUUUUUUCUGUUUAUUGCAUUCACAUAACUGAAGUUUAACUUAUAUUUAAAUAAUAUUUAUAAAUUACUGACAAGUGAAUUCGCCUAUCCUAUCGGUUUUAUCUUUAUUUCUAUCAAAAUAAAUAUUGUUUAAUAAUAUUAUCUAAUUUACAAGAAAAUAUUAUACAGGAGGCCUCUAUGGCACUCUGCGUCUUUCAUAUUUGAAACAAGAAUUUGACGUAAUUUGUACGUCGGAAUGAAAGACCUUUCUAUAUAUAUUGUCAUUUUAUCACUUUUCCGUCCAAAAUUACCGGAAUAAUUUAAAGAUGUAUUAAAGUAUCAUAUAUUAUCUCUUCUCGAUGUUUCAUUAUAUAUUCUCUAAAUCA